CAGUUAGUUGACGUUUACCUUUGCUGUACGAUUAAUUUCAUUUAUUUUUUUGUAUUUCCAUGAAAAAUUAAGUGAAGUUAUGUGUAAAGAGAAAGUAUGAAAUACGCCGAUUGUUGAUAUAUUUAAAAUAUGUGGCAAUUACUUCAAACACCUUGUACUCAGUUAUUACGACAAAGGCAUCUUUUAGUGAAAAGCAAUGGAUACUUUAUCAAUAUAGUAAAAAAUAAACCGGGUUUUACAACAAAACAUUUGUUUACUUCUGCCCAAAAGAGUACAGAGAAAGCAAACACUUUUUUAAUUUUUAGCCCUUGGAAAUUGUGUACAGGCAUAAGUUUAGGGUUGGGAGCACGCUUAUUAUAUAAUAAUACUGCAUUUUGUAAAGCUAAUGUUACAAGGACUAUCCAAAGAAGACCAAACCUACAUGAUGACAGUGCAAAGUUUGAUUGGAAGAGGUUUUUCGAGUAUUUAUUGCCACAUAAAUGGUUAUUAGCGGCUGCUGUUGCAUCAGCAUUGGCAGUUGCAUUUCUAAAUGUAUAUAUACCAGCCAUGCUGGGUGUCAUAGUGAAUAUCUUAGCCAGUAUGAAACAUAACCCUAGUACAGAUUUUAUUGAUGAGAUUAAAAUGCCUGCAUUAAAAAUGAUAUCAUUAUAUAUUGGACAGGCUAUUUUUACAUUUUUCUAUAUACAUCUGCUGGCCCAAGUUGGGGAGCGUGUCGCAGCACAAAUGAAACAAGAUCUGUUUGUGUCAAUUCUUAAUCAGGAUAUGGCAUUCUUUGAUAGAGAGAGAACUGGGGAAUUAGUAAAUAGGAUAACAGUAGAUGUUCAAGAUUUUAAAAGCUCAUUCAAACAAACUAUCUCCGGAGGAUUGAGAGCCAUUACACAAGUAGUGGGUUCAGCUGUCAGUCUGCUAGUUAUAUCUCCACAUUUAACUGGGCUAACGUUGAUAUGUAUACCUUCUGUUGUCAUCGGAGGUACUUUCAUUGGAUCCUUAUUGAGGAAGUUGUCAAGAGAAGCUCAAGCUCAGAUAGAGAAGACAACUUUGGUAGCUGAAGAGGCGAUAUCAAAUAUGCGAACAGUGCGUGCGUUCGCUGGUGAGGCUGAAGAAGCGCGGGCGUUCGCGAACGAAUGCGAGACCGCUGCAGAGCUCAGUAUGGAGCUCGGCCUAGGUGUUGGCAUGUUCCAAGCUGGUACCAAUCUAUUCCUCAAUGGUAUGGUGCUGGCGACGAUGUUCCUUGGCGGGCACUUGAUGUCCACUGGUCAGAUGUCUGCUGGUGAUGUGAUGGCGUUCCUGGUGAACGCGCAGACAGUGCAGCGCUCCGUAGCGCAGCUCUCUUUGCUCUUCGGCUCAGUGGUGAAGGGGCUCAGUGCGGGGGGACGCGUGUUUGAGUAUAUUAAUAAAGAGCCUCAAAUGGACACAUCGGGUAAUAAAGUGAUCAAGUACCAUGAGUUUCACGGAGAUAUUGAGUUCAAAGAUGUCGCCUUCGCGUAUCCAACACGACCUGAAGCUGUUGUUUUAAAGAAUUUCAAUUUGAAGAUACCAGCUGGUAAGACGGUGGCCAUUGUUGGUACAUCGGGUAAUGGGAAGUCAACUAUAGCUGCUUUACUAGAAAGGUUUUAUGAUGUUAAUGAAGGCUCGGUGACAAUAGAUGGCGUUGAUGUGAGAGAGAUGGACUGCAAAUGGCUGCGGGGCAGAGCGCUAGGGCUCAUCAGUCAGGAGCCCGUGCUCUUUGCCACUACUGUUAAGGAAAAUAUAAGAUAUGGGAAACCUGAUGCUACUGAUGAUGAGGUCUAUCAAGCUGCUAUGACGUCCAAUGCUCAUGACUUUAUCACGGGCUUUCCUGAAGGUUAUAACACUUUGGUAGGAGAGAGAGGAAUGGCGUUAUCUGGAGGACAGAAACAAAGAAUUGCUAUCGCACGAGCUGUACUGAAAAACCCACCAAUUAUGAUACUAGAUGAAGCUACAAGUGCUUUAGACUCUGCCAGUGAGAAGGUUGUACAAAGUGCACUAGAGGGCGUGUCGCGCGGCCGCACCGUACUUGUUAUUGCACAUCGUCUCUCUACCAUCAUGAACGCUGAUAUUAUUGUUGUACUCAACAAAGGAAAUAUUGUAGAGAUGGGUACACACGAACAGUUAAAGAAACAAAAGGGCUUCUACUGGAAUCUUAUAAAACAGCAAGAUCAAGAUCCAGAAGGAACCAGAACUCUAUAAAUAUAGAACUAGUUAGUUAAAUAUUUUAUUUAUUUGUGACGUGUUUAAUUCCAGAAUUGUACAUUUUUUUUAUUAAAUGUUCCUGUAGUUGUGAAAUAUUCACAAUGGCUUUUAGACUACCUCACAAUU